GCACUUCCCUCACCUUCAACACCUUGCAACAACGCAACUCAAUUUGAUUGUAAAACAACUAGCGAUUCAGAACGAUGUAUCCCAGUAGAAUGGUUAUGUGAUGGUCUAAAGGAUUGCAAAAAUGGAUUGGAUGAAUCUCACUGUUCCUACUUGCACAAAUGCCCAACAGGAGACUUUAUAUGCCGAACAGGUGAAUGCGUUUCGGGAAGAUACAAAUGCGACGGAGAGGCGGAUUGCCGCGGGGCCGAAGAUGAAAAAGGCUGUGAUUAUUCCGACAAGGCAGCUGCAGUAGCAAGGUAUCAUUUUGCAUCAUGGGGUUUUAUUUGCGAUCAUGAUGAAUUGCCCGGAGCAUAUGAUUGUCCCUUGGGAGAUGACGAACGUAACUGUACCAAAAAUAAGCAAUCCGAACUACGAAGUCAUGAGCUCACUUCUUGUGAGCCGGGUAUGAUUUUAUGCGCGGAUCAUGCGGCCUGCUUCCCGAAGAAUUGGGUCUGCGAUGGAGAAAAGGACUGCCUGGAUGGAAGUGACGAAGUAGACUGCGAGUUAUCCGUGGAUAACUUCUUAGCUGAGACUGUAACAGAAUUAUGUAAAGCGGGAGAGCACAGGUGCAGCGGAGGUACGGUAAGGUUUGCAUACCGUCAAAUCAUACCUGUGAUGGAACCGUCGACUGCCCUAAUGGAGAUGAUGAAGGUCCACUUUGUAACGAAUGUAGCACAAGAAAGAUACCUUGCGAAUAUAAAUGCGUUAACACGCCACUUGGUUCGAAACCUAGGCAUAAUCUCAAUUUCCGGUUCCCACUGCAUCUGUCCCCAUGGAUCAGAGCUGAGCCCAGGUGAACAUACAUGUUCCCAGAUUAACGAAUGUGAAACACCCGAAGCGAAGCAGUGCCAACAUUAUUGUGAAGAUAGGCAUGCUAGGUAA